AGGCGGAAAACUGAAAAAACGAUUCGAAGAAGAAGAAGAAGAAGCUACGCAAUCUCACAGUUUCCAUUGAGGAAGAAGAAGACUAAUCUCUCUCAAAUUUCGGAGUAAUCAUAGAACGAGAUCCGAUACGAAUUCCUGAAAUAUUCCGAGCUCCGGAGAGAUAUUCCUCUCCUCUCCCGAUCUUCAAUCCAUGGCGCUUCGAGGAACGAAGCUACUGUUUCUGUUCUGUGCCCUGUCUUACGCUCUCGUCGCCAUUGCAGCGAAGAGUUAUUACGAUAUAUUACAAGUGCCGAAAGGAGCAUCGGAUGAUCAGAUCAAGAGAGCGUACCGGAAGCUAGCUUUGAAGUAUCAUCCUGACAAGAAUCAGGGAAAUGAAGAGGCGAAUAAGAAAUUUGCUGAGAUUAACAAUGCUUAUGAGGUUUUGUCGGAUGGUGAAAAGAGAGGUAUAUACGAUAGGUAUGGGGAGGACGGGCUGAAGCAGCAUGCAGCUAGUGGAGGAAGAGGAGGGGGAAUGGGGGUCAACCUACAGGAUAUUUUUAGCAGUUUUUUUGGUGGAGGAGGCUCAAUGGAAGAGGAAGAGAAAAUCGUUAAAGGCGAUGAUGUGAUUGUUGACUUGGAUGCAACUCUUGAAGAUUUGUACAUGGGAGGUUCAUUGAAGAUUUGGAGGGAGAAAAACAUUUUAAAGCCAGCUCCAGGGAAAAGACGCUGCAACUGUAGAAAUGAGGUCUAUCACAGGCAAGUUGGUCCAGGGAUGUUUCAACAAAUGACAGAAGAGGUUUGUGAGCAGUGCCAAAAUGUGAAAUAUGAGCGCGAGGGAUAUGAAAUCACAGUUGAUAUUGAGAAAGGAAUGCAAGAUGGGGAAGAGGUUGUUUUUUAUGAUGAUGGUGAGCCUAAAAUUGAUGGAGAACCUGGAGAUUUAAAGUUCCGCAUUCGCACAGCCCCUCACAAUCGCUUCAGGAGGGAAGUCAAUGACUUGCACACCACUGUCACUAUAACUCUGGUUGAAGCUCUUGUUGGUUUUGAGAGGACCAUUACACAUCUUGAUGACCAUUUAGUGGAUAUCAGCUCAAAGGGUAUAACAAAGCCCAAAGAAGUGAGAAAGUUCAAAGGAGAAGGAAUGCCAUUGCAUUUUAGCAAGAAGAAAGGGGACCUCUAUGUCACCUUUGAGGUUCAAUUUCCCAAAUCACUGACAGAGGACCAGAAGGCAAAAAUCAAAGAAAUUCUUGGCUAAGAUGUAGAACAUGUUCUUUUUUUCUCUGGGUUUAUAAAAUGUACCCAACUGUAACAUGAGUAGAAUAUUAAAUAUAUAGGGAAUAGUAAUUCUUGAGGGUUUCAUUUUCUCUCCUUCCUUAACGCGCCCUCUUUCUUCGUUAACAAGUGAUAGACAGUGCAACAACGUCCUCAGCCAUCUUAUUGAAUGUACUGCAAUUUUGUAGGGGGCCCUUUUAGCAAAAACUUUCUGUCUCAUAUGGUAUCAUCCCUAUUAUCUUUAUGACUUAUCGCUUGUUUCUUGUUGACUCUACAAAAAUAGAAUAUCAGUGAGAAG